GCAGAGCAGACCGCGUGACUCGACGGUAUUCCCGGAAGUGUGUUCUCGCGCCGCUCCCUCUCAUAGACAGUAAAAAUUGAGAAGUCAGGGAAGCUUUCUCGAAGCUGUCGCCUCGCAGUCCCCGCAGGUCCACGCUGUCAAUCAUGGCUGAGCAGGAGCCCACACCAGAGCAGCUAGCCGCUAUCGCAGCCGAGAACGAGGACACGGAGUCUGUCAACUACAAGCCGCCGGCUCAGAAGAGCCUGCAAGAAAUCCAGGAGCUGGACAAAGAUGACGAAAGCCUCCGCAAGUACAAGGAGGCACUGCUGGGCAACUGCAGUGUUACUCCAGAUCCCAACGUUACCAACGUUCAGGUGACACGGCUAACUCUUAUGUGCGAGACGGCUCCCGCCCCGCUGACCCUUGACCUGCAAGGCGAUCUGGAGUCCUUUAAGAAGCAGUCGUUUGUGCUGAAGGAGGGAGUGGAGUACAGGAUAAAGAUCAGCUUCAAGGUAAACAAAGAGAUCGUCUCGGGGUUGAAGUACGUACAGCAUACUUACAGGAAAGGGGUGAAGAUUGACAAAUCUGACUACAUGGUGGGCAGCUAUGGGCCUCGACCGAAUGAAUACGAGUUCCUGACGCCUUUAGAGGAGGCACCCAAAGGCAUGCUGGCCCGUGGCACUUACAACAUUAAAUCCAAGUUCACCGACGACGACAAGCACGACCACCUGUCCUGGGAAUGGAACCUCAACAUCAAGAAGGACUGGAAAGAUUGAGCGGUUUCCAAACCCCCAUUUUCCCCAACUCCUCCCCUUUAUUCCUCUCCAACCUCCUCCAGUUGCCACCAUCAUCAUCAUCAUCAUCAUCAUUUCCAUCAUCAUCAACAUCAUAAUCCUGGAUUAACUACUUAAACGAUUUUAAGGAGAAGGAUCUUUCUCACUCCGUCCACUUUCCACCAGUUUUCUUCCCUCCCUCCCUGUCUCCAUAUUAGAAUCCCUUUCCCUCCCAAUGAGUAUUGAGGCUUUCAUGAAAUAUAUAUGUGAAAACAAACAAAAAUGUGCACAAUCCAUAUUUUGUGUUUUGGUUUGUUUGUAUAUAAAAGUAAAAACAGAGGGAAAAAAAACAUUCAAAAAACCUCAUGGAUACUUUUGACAUGGUUGUUAUGAGUAAUCUUCACUGCCUUCUGUCUUCCUCUUGCGUCCUAAACCCUUUCCCCGUUUAUCCCCCAACAUUCCUUUCUCUGACAUGGUUUUUUUUUUUUUUUUUAAUUUUUUUAACCAUGAUCUGCCUUUGAGUGAAAUGGGAGAACUCAAAAGUUCGCCUUUGCCCAGAGGGAACAUGUCUGAUGCCUUUGAGAUGAGCCUAGCUUUAGCGUAGCAUGGAUAACUAGAAGUGUUAUUGUUAUUAUGGCAGAGGAGGUCUUUACUAGACUCUUGGUAUGAAUGUGAGUCCAAAUAUGGUUUUAGUGAUGUAGGGUUUGCAGGAUCUGAACAUCCUGUCCACUAGGGGAGCCGUUCUAAGAAUCAGCCUUGCUCUGCUGUGACGGCAUAGGGUUUUUAUUUAACCGUUUCAUCGCCAUGUGGCCUUAAAAACAAUUCCUGUAGCAAGACAUUGAGGAGCUGUCUUUUAGAGUCUAGGUUUAAAUCCGAUUAGAUGUUUAGUCCUUAGGAGGCUAAGGUGCAUUACCGACUCUUGUUUCCGGCAGUCACACCUGCUGCCUUGUUCAGUUGGCUCGAUUUGAGAUGGACCAAGCUUGUAGGCCUGUAGAAGUUGGUGAGCCUUGAUGCAUAGCGAACAUUUUCCCCACUCCAGUUAUCACCUCCCACUUUCCAAAGACAACUGGUGCUUCAUUUGCAAAAUGUGCACUUUGCUUGUGAUUAAUGCGAGUUGCCAGUUUUUAAAAAGCAGAAAAGGGCCGUUUUCACUAACAAGAUCUCAAGUAUUGAACAACUUAGCUGAAAAAUUACCAACACCAUAGACUGUACCUCUAGUAUUGACAACUUACAAGCUGCUCCUGGUGUGUAAACCUAAGGGAAAGAAAGUCAGGACUCUAAAGGAGGUGCAUUUGAAGUGGGACAAAUCUGGAGUGAACCUAAAUCUAAACUCUCAGCUCUAGUCCAAGUGUAAUCUAACCUCAAUGUUCAAACAAGAGAGGAUAUGCUCAUGCAUAAUUGUACUAUUUUAUACACGUUUUUUUUUUUCUGCCGACAUUGCCUGCAAAGUAGUAGCUUGUUGUGCUGGUCCAGAAUGCUGCUUCUGUCUUCAUCCGUUUCCACUUACCUCUAUAAUUGCUGGAGAUUACUGUUCACCUGUGUCAACAUUAAAGUGUUCAGAACA